UUCCCUCAGACCAGCGCAGCGCAGGCUAGCCAAGAGCAAGAAGCUAGAGCACUUCAAACUCGAAGCUAGCUAGCCAGGCACCAUGGCCCGCAUUGCGCCGCUCGUGCUGGUGGCGCUGCUCUCCGUGCUGUCCGUGCCCUCGUCGGCGUGCCCCAGCUGCCCGACCCCGACGACGCCUCCCCCGCCGCCGCCGCCGAAGGUGAAGCCCCCGCCCCCGCCGUCGUCGGUGCCGUGCCCUCCGCCGCCGUACUCCCCCGCGCCGACGCCCCCGACGCCGGCGACGCCUAGCCCUCCGGCGCCGUCGUCGCCGACGGGCAAGUGCCCCGUGGACGUGCUGAAGCUGGUGGCGUGCGUGGACGCGCUCAACGGGCUGGUGCACGCGGUGGUGGGCGCCAACGCCAGCGAGACCUGCUGCCCGCUGCUGUCCGGCGUGGCCGACCUCGACGCCGCGCUCUGCCUCUGCACCACCAUCAAGGCCAAGGCGCUGAACGUCAAGCUCGUGCUCCCCGUCGCCAUCUCGGUGCUCGUCAACCAGUGCGGCAAGCACGUGCCGUCCUCGUUCCAGUGCCCUUCAUGAUCGCCGGCCUCCAUCGAUUAGCACCUACAUACAUACCAGAUACCACUGUACCACCACCUGCAUCCUCAUGCAUGCCCGCGUGCAUGGAGCUAGCGCCUUUUCAAGGUAAGUACGUAUACGGAGUGUCUGCAUGUUUGGUCAUACAUACAUGCAUGACACAUGUCAUGUGUAAUCUCUAUAACACAUACAUGCAUGGGCAGCUAGCUCUGACUAUCUUUCAGUGUGGAGCGGCGAACAUGCGGUUGUGUAAAUGUGUAUCAAGUAGUAUAUACUGUAUCGUGCAUAAGUGCAAAUAUACAUGCGAGUUGUGAUGUUGGGUGUGUAGCAUUCUUUUUGACAGUUAUGAAUAAUAUAUAAAGUGAUUGUAAUGUGUA